GAGGGAGCAGGGGGCUGAGCUGAUCCCACGUGUGACGCUUUCAUUCCCGGCUCAGUAAUAUUCUCAUAGCGGGGCUUUGCAUAUCUCCUGCCCUAUCUGUGUGUGUCUGUCACUGUUACUGUAGUCCCAGCCUCUAUAGUUUGGAAUAGAUAUGGAAGGAGACGGGAGUCAAGCCACGUCCGGAAGCCUAAAUGAUUCACAACAUGACCCGGGUAAAAUGUUUAUCGGUGGCCUCAGCUGGCAAACCUCACCAGACAGCCUUAGAGACUAUUUUAGUAAAUUCGGAGAAAUAAGAGAAUGUAUGGUGAUGAGAGACCCCACGACAAAACGCUCAAGAGGAUUUGGGUUUGUUACGUUUACAGAUGCUGCCAGUGUAGAUAAAGUCUUAGCUCAACAGCACCACGAAUUAGACUCAAAGACGAUUGAUCCUAAGGUUGCCUUUCCCCGUCGCGCCCAGCCUAAGAUGGUCACAAGAACAAAGAAAAUAUUUGUGGGUGGCUUGUCGGCCAACACGGUAGUGGAAGAUGUGAAGCAGUAUUUUGAACAGUUUGGGAAGGUCGACGACGCUAUGCUUAUGUUUGAUAAGACUACUAACAGACAUAGAGGAUUUGGUUUCAUAACUUUUGAGAGUGAAGACAUCGUAGAGAAAGUCUGUGAAAUUCAUUUUCAUGAAAUCAAUAACAAAAUGGUAGAAUGUAAGAAGGCCCAGCCCAAGGAGGUGAUGUUCCCACCAGGUACGCGAGGGAGAGCCCGGGGUCUGCCCUACACCAUGGAUGCCUUCAUGCUGGGGAUGGGCAUGCUGAGUUACCCUAACAUUGUGGCAACGUAUGGUCGUGGAUACACUGGAUUUGCACCCAGCUACAGCUACCAGUUCCCUGGCUUCCCAGCGACGGCAUAUGGACCGGUGGCGGCGGCGGCGGUAGCAGCAGCGCGUGGCUCAGGUAGGGGGGCCCGUGGAAGAGGCGGCUACUUGGCGUACCCACAGAGCACAGGGCCAGGCCUCCCCGAUUAUGGGUUUUACUCUGCGCCCAGUGACCAGAGGGGGGGGCCCUGCUCCUUUGCUGACUAUGGCUCCCUGGGGCCCCAGGCGGCUCAGAUGCUGCACAGUGAGCAUGCCACCUCCGCCUGCAACUCCCCCCUACAGCACCUACACAGCCCGGAUCAGUUUAAGAACCCAGGCGCUAACCCGUCGAGGCCCGGAGGCUUCCCCGGUGCUAAUAGUCCAGGGCCCGUGGCUGACCUGUAUGGACCUAGCAACCAGGAUUCAGCCGUGGGGAACUACAUCAGUGCUGCUAGUCCUCAGCCUGGCUCUGGGUUUGGCCCCAGCAUUACUGGCCCGUUGAUUGCGACAGCUUUUACAAACGGAUACCAUUGAACAGGUGGCCGGUUGCUAUCUCAUCAGAGGGUAUAUCCGGUGGCCCGGGACAGACAGGACGGAGUUUCUAAUUGGCUUUGUGUGCAGGUGAUGAUUAUCCAACUUCAAGCACUACAGCGUCACCGAUGGCUAAACGAGCGAAAAGCGGGAACCAUAUGAAGAAGAAGAAGAUUAAAAAAAAAAUGUUUGUCAUCUCAGAAAAACAAACAACUGCUGUACUAUAACCCAAACCUCCUAUACCUUUACAACCUGGUUUGGUAUGAUGUUCCACGUCAACUUCACUCAACGAUUUCCUUCUUCCCUUAGCUUUUUCUUUUUGACUACUUUCUAGUGUGUCAUUUGAGUUUAACCUCGAAUUCUUAUGUUCUUGUAGUUUGUAAGUGCAUUUUAUUAUUUUGUUUUUUGUUUUUAAAGUACGGCGGGUCAGAGCCAAGAAUAUCUGCAAGUCACGUCUUCAUCUUCGUAUUGGUUAGUGUAAAGGCAAAAAAAUAAAACACAAACGGUUGGGAUGUUUGCAUUUGGUCUUUCAACUAAAAAAUAAGCUCACUAUGGAAAGACUUGGAGCAAAAAAAUUAAGGAAAUUGGAAAGAGAAGGUAUCUAAGUAAUAAAUUUUAGUAGCUGUUUUAUUUCUUGUGAUGUCUCAUUGUAAACCAUGAUUACCUAUUUUUGGGCAAUACAAAGAGGACUCCAAUAUUUUUAUGGUCCUUUUUUAUAAGUGUUGUUUCUGUUGUGUAGAAAUAUAAAUAUAUAUAAAUAUAUAUAUAUGCUAUAACAAAUUUCAUAUAACGACAUUGUGAAUUCAAACUUGAGAAAAAGAAAUGUAGCUGUACAUAUUAUUCCAGUCACUGCAUAUAACCAACUCAGUGAGAGAAUAGCAUAUUUUUGUGAUGGUGUGUCAAAAGAAUAUGUUCUAGCGUGUGAAUAGAAGCAAAAGCUGUAAACAAUAUUCUACGUUUUCUUUUGAUUUGUUUUGGGAUCUUUAAUUUUCUGCUCAAAGGAUGGUACAACAAAUCUACAGACAAACAGCCAUGUAAAUACUAAAAGCGGAAUCAUUUUACAAGUGUCAUACCAGCAAAUUUAUGACCGGUGAGUUUAGUCAACGCUGUUUUAGAGAAAGAGCAGCAAUGACGAUUUCAGGAUCGCUUCAAAGUGGGAGACACGGGGAGAAACAAAUAAGAUGAUUUUUAUCCAAAGCACACUGUACGAAGAGACGCGACGAUUCGAACUUGAAGCGGGCAUUUUGCAGAGCUCUGUGCAUCCUGACACUUUUCUACUGCUGAGAGGAACCUGUUAGCUGUAUAUGUGUUUAACGUUUGUUUCGUCCUGCUUGUUCCUGAUUCGCCUCACGGAACAAAACCCCUGGGCUCUCUGCUUGAGCCUUUAUAUAUAUAUAUAUAUAUAUAUAUAUAUAUAUAUAUAUAUAUAUAUAUAUAUAUAUAUAUAUAUAUAUAUAGUGCUUGUUCUUUGAAUUAGAUCUUUUUUGAAUGAAUUAGGAAAGUCAGCAUUUUGAUACCAUACCUCAGCCUUCGUGACUUCUAUCGUGGAAUCAUCGGCGAGUUUUUAAUUUAUUCCAGUGCCGAACGUACACGUGGGGGCAAAAAAAAAAUAAAAACAAAAAAAUAACCGAAAGAAGAAUAAACACUGAAAGGCAUUUUCAAAGCGAGUUAUCGCUGCACUGUGAGAUGUGAAGUACAGGCCAUCCUCUUGUUUGCACAUGUGUAUGUCGGCUUUUUACAAACGGCCCUGUGCUUUGAGUCAGCAUGAAGGAUUUAUUCGUGGUCGUGGGGUGGAGGGUGGGGGGUGGGGGGGUUGACGUAUUCCCGACUGGACAAGCAGCUCGGGAUUUAAAAACCGGCGUGUUGCAGCGUACGCUUGGGUUUCUUUCUAUAUAUUAGACCCACGUCUCACCUUAGGAUAUUUAUACAGGGUCAAAAGAUGACACUGAAUUAUUCACGAUCUGUCGCCGCACUCGGUUUUACACCGUAUCUACGUGUGGUGGAAGGUUUCACUCUUGACCGCGAGUGAUUAAUAAUAUUAUUAAUGUUACACACCAGAGUGCAGUCUGGUUUUCUAAGUUUUAUCAGUUUCCUUUCUUUUCAUGCACUUGUUUCCUUUUUCUUUCAAAAACAAACAGGUAAUAAAUAUGCUGGAUACUUCUAAAGUAAAUGAUAUGGAGGUGUGAUCAAGUAAUAAUUUAAAGAAAAAAAAAACUUGUAAUGUUCAAAUGUAUAAGAAAAAGAAGAAAUACAAAAGUAAAAAAAAAGAAAGAUGCUUCUUUGCUGAUUUCAAGAUUAAUCAGAGUUUUAUUGAUACUUUGUGGUUUCUAUAUUAAUAAUUGUAUUAUACUAUUAAAAAUGUACUGUGCAUCCAUUACGUUCUCUCUUUCCAUGCCCCAUCCUCAGAGGUGCCGCUAUCUUUUGUUGCUCAUCCAUGUACUUCAUUAGUGUGUAAAAAAAAUCACAGUUAACUUGUAAACAGAGUGCUGUCUUUGAUACCAGUGUAGUGCUUUGUUGUUCUCCCUCGCUCUACCUCUCCUUUCUCUCAUAUUUAGCCCCCUCCCUCCUCGCGCUCUUUUUCUAUCUCCUGUAAUUACAAAGUAGAUGUUAUAUAGGACUCAUUUAUAUAAUACUUGUAGUGAAUAGUGGAAUUAGAACCAGUCAAGAUAGAUCUUUCUCUCAAUGAUCAUGUUGUUCUGAUAUCUGUUCGUUGUAAUUUAUUCCCUGUAUGUUUGAUCUUUAUGUUUAGGUUUGGGUUUUUUUUUUUUUUUGUUUUUUUUUUUUUGGUUUAUUUUUGCCACUCUAACAUGGUUUCAGCUAACCAAAGUUCUCACGGAUGAACAACGGAGAAAUUGUUGCUGUAAGAUGGAAUUGUACACAAGGCAUUAUUUGGAUCCCCACCCUUGAAUGUUUAUAAAGGGGUGUGCCAUACUACCUUAAAUGCUAAUGCUAGAUAUGCAGAGCUUUUAGUUUGAAAUUGUUCUUUAGGAGGAUUAAGUCCCAGGACAGGAUUUUUAUGUGAAGGAAGAGUGAAAAGAAAUGGUCAGAAAUACGCUUUUGUUUAGCAAACCUACCACCAGUCCUCCUAUUAUCAGCCACACAGAUGUCUGUUUGUAUGUUUUGGAAACUCCCCAGCUGCCUGUGGCAUGACUACUUUUGGAUAAUACUUCCAGGUCUUUAAUCAUGCAAGUGAAAUCACUUUCUGGAUGCCAUUAUUUAAUGAUUUCAGUUUCCAGAUGUGAUACUGUACAAAACUCCACAACAACAGACUUCAAUUAAGAAAAAGAUUUUAAAUAAGUAAUAGCAGCAGUUUGUUUGCCAACAGAUUAACAAAUGGUCUAAUUUAGUUUAGAACCAGACCAGCAUCUUAAAGCAGCAACUCACUGCUGGAUUUAAGAACAUUUUAUAAUUGAAAUUUAAUUCCUAAACGCAGAACAUGAAGAGGUAUCUGAAUUCAGUGCACCAAUCUUCCUAUGGUAUAACUCCACUUCAUAAUGUUUAAACCACCUCACUGCAUGCCCUUUGAACGCUUUCAUAUUUUGUUGUGUUACAUCCACAAACUUCAAUGCAUUUUAUAGUUUUUUGUUUUUUUUUGCGAUAGAUCAACAUGUUGGCGAAGUUGAACAAAAUGAUACACGGUUUUUCUUUUUUUACAGAUGAAAAUCUGAAAUGUGCGAAGUGCAUUUGUUUUCAAAUUUCAAAACAUUUCAGAACCGCCUUUCACAGCUGCAAGUCUUUUGGAAUAUGUCUCUACCGGCUUUGCACACUUAGAUGCUGAAAGUUUGGUAAAAUAGCCGUACUAAUCUCAAGUCUUGCAGCAGGUUUUCAUGUCAGAUUGGCCGUUUAGCUCCUCACGUCUUCUUGGAGCAGCCGAAGAUAAAACAUCCCCACACCAUGACGCUUCUGCCGCCUUGUUCAGAUGUAGGGAAGUUGUGCUCAGGGUGAUGUGAGGUGUUCAUUUCCUGCCUUAGCAUUUUGCAUGCAGGCUAAAAAGUUACAUUUUUAUCUCAUUCUAACUGAGCACCCCUUUACACAGGUUUACUGUGGGCCCUACAAGGCUUCUAGGAAACUGCAAAUCAGAUUUCUAUAAUCAAUGGGUUCGGUCUUGCACCUCUUUCUUAAAGUUUGGAUUUCAGUAGUCCAUGACUUUUCUGAAUUUUGCUGAAUUUUCUCACACCUUUUACCUCUAAAACAGUUGUGUUGAGAAUAUAGAUUAAAUUAAAUCACUGGUGGACUCUGAACACUAAAUAUGUGACUUAUGAAGAUACUGAAUGCACUAAAUUUUAUUUAGAGUUACAAGAAUACACACUUCUUAGAUUCCUCACGUCAAAACCUUUCAAAUUCAUGUAUCAUCUAACUUCCACUUCAAACUCUUCCUGCGUCACUUUGUGUUGGUCUAUCGCAAACAACCCCAGUAAAACCCACUGAGGUUUGUGGAUGCUGCACGAUGACAUGAAAAAGUUCAAGGGCUAUAAAAACUCUUCCAAGGCGCUGUUUUUGUUUAAAGGUAAGUUAAUUUCAAUGAAUUUAAAUGUCCGUAUUCCUAGACCAAUGGAAAAUGUAUUGCUUUAAAAGGAGAUUAUUGAUAUUUAAUCAUUAAAGAAAGAAGUAGGAUUUUUUCAAAACUAGAAAAACACAGAUACUCUAAAAUGAAUACUUUCCAUCCCAAUCUUUGUCUGAUGUCCACAUAUAAUUUAACAAGAAUCCAUUUAUUCAGUGGCAUUCAUUUAUGUGGACACAUUCAGCUUUAUUCAGACAAAGACAACAUCCUCUGCAUUCAUAUGCACAAUUGCACACUUACAUGAGUUUAGCUCUAGGUGGCUCCUUAGGCAUAAUUUGCCCGUUAAUUCAGUUAAACAAGGGGAGAAAGUUUAAAAUGGAUAAUUUUUCCUUGCACAAUACCACAAAAUGAAGGAGUCUUUUGUAUCUUGUAGCUUGGACUUUAAGGUAGCAUGGCUCUGUUGCUGUAAUUUCAUUUAUUCUCAAACUGACAGCAGUUUACAGCUGAUGAAUGUUACACAUCUUAGUAGACUAGCUUAUCCAUUCGGGGAGAGGGGACGGGUCUAAGUUUAAGAAAAAAAAAGUAAUCAAAAAAAAAAAA